AUGCUUAUGGCCCGAGACACGGCGCGGGAUGAGGCUCAAAAGCUACACAGGAAGUGGCUGAAGCACCAGGCCUUUAUGGCAGAACUGGCCCGCAAUAAAGAAUGGCUGGCCAAGAUAGAGCAGGAGGGUCAGGAGCUGAUCCAAGAAAAGCCAGAGCUGCGGUCAGUGGUGCAGCAGAAACUGGAGGAGAUCAGGGAGUGCUGGUCCGACCUGGAGAGCACGACCAAGGCCAAGGCCCGCCAGCUCUUUGAAAACAAUAAGCCCGAGCCGGCAGUGAAGAGCUACUCAGAUCUGGACAACCAGCUGUCCCACCUGGAGCAGCAGCCCCCCCAGCUGGAGCAGGCACACCAUCUGCCCACUUUCAAUGAACAGCUCCAGAAAUUCCAGACCAUGGAGGCUCAAAUAGGGGAUUUUUAUAAGGAUGUUGGAGAGCUGGGAAGCUUGCAGGGGGUCUGCCUACCCCAGCGAGGGCUGAUGGCAGGCGACAGGGAAGGCGGCGAGCAAUCAGGCGUAGUAGAGACCCGCAUCGUUCGCCUCAUUGAGCCCCUGAAGGAGAGACGCCGCAUCCUGCUGGCUUCCAAAGAGAUGCACCAAGUCGCCCAGGACCUGGAGGAUGAGAUACUGUGGAUUCAGGAGAGGCUUCCCGUGGCCUCCUCUAAGGAAUAUGGAAAUAACCUUCAGAGUGUACAGCAGCAUGUGAAAAAGAACCAGACACUCCAGAGGGAGCUGACCGGGCGGCGGGCGCGAGUUGAGGAGGUCUUGGACCGGGCAGGGAUCAUUGCGUCGCUGCGGACACCCGAGGUGGACUUUGUGCGGGAAGGGGCGGGGCAUGUCCGUCAGCUGUGGGAGGUGUUGCGGUUGGAGGUGGAGAGGAGAUCUGUGAUGCUGGAUGCCGUCCUGCAGGCUCAGCAGUACUACAGUGAGGCGGCUAAGGUGGAGUCUUGGCUGUCUGGUCAGAAGCUACAUCUUGUCAAUGAGGAGAAAGGCAUAGAUGAGGCAAGCACCCUGCAGCUACUGAAGGGCCAUCUGGCCCUGGAGCAAACGGUAGAGACGUAUGCAGAGACAGUAGGCAUGCUAUCCCAGCAAUGCCAGCGCCUGUUGGAACUGGGACACCCAGAAAGUGAGCAGAUCACCAAGCAGCAGUCCCAUAUAGACCGGCUGUAUGUGUCUCUGAAGGACAUGGUGGAGCACAGGAAGACCAAGCUGGAGCAGCAGUACUGGCUCUAUCAACUCAACAAGGAGGUGGAAGAGUUAGAAAAAUGGAUCACUGACCGUGAGGCGGUGGCCAGCUCCACGGAGCUGGGCCAAGACCUUGAGGAUGUCACGGUGCUUCAGGAGAAAUUCACCAAGUUUUCCUCAGAAACCAACAGUGUCGGCCAGCAGAGACUGGAGCAGGUGAAUAAAAUGGUGAACGAGAUGAUCGACUGUGGCCACGCAGAUGCAGCCACCAUCGCUGAGUGGAAGGACGGACUGAAUGAGUCCUGGGCUGAUCUCCUGGAGCUGAUGGAGACCCGCAGGCAGAUGCUGGCAGCAUCACACCAGCUACACAAGUUCUUCACUGACUGCAAAGAGGUCUUGGCUCAGAUCGCAGGGAAGAUGAGGCAGCUGCCAGAGGUGAGGGCGUGCCAAGCCAGCAUCGCCAAUCCAGCCACCCUGCAGAGACUCAUGCACUCCUUUGAGCAUGCCCUUCAGCUGUUAGUCGCACAGGUAAGGCAGCUGCAGGAGAAUGCUGCCCAGCUGAGAACCAUUUAUGCCGGAGAGAAGGCCGAGGCCAUCAUGGUGAAGGAGCAAGAAGUGAUGGAAGCAUGGAAGGAGCUGCUCAGCUCCUGUGAGGCUAGUCGUGUCCAGGUCACCUCAGUGACCGACAAAGUGCAGUUUUUCUCAGUGGUGCGUGAAAACCUGAUGUGGAUGGAAGGCAUCAUGGGCCAGAUAGGAUGGGAUGAACCCAGGGAUGUAGCGGCUCUGGAGGUGAUGAUGAAACAACACCAGGAAUUGAAAGCCAAGAUGGAAGGCCGCAGCAAGACCAUACAGCAGUGUGCCGAUCUAGGCAAGAUCUUGCUGGCUGCUGGCAAUCCUGCAGCCGAGGAGAUUAAAGAGAAGUUGGACAGCCUUCUGACUAAGCAGAAGGAUCUUGCUGAAAAAUGGGACAAGCACCAGGAAAAGUUACAGCACAAGCAGGAAAUGUUCCAGUUUGCCCAAGAGACAGUGAAGGCAGAGGCCUGGCUGAAGGCCAAGGAACCACUGAUCACCUCCAAGGAACCAGAGGGAGGAGAGGCCCAGGCCCAGACAGACGAGGUUGAGCAGCUCAUCCUUCGCCACGAGGCCUUCCGCAAGGCUGCCGUAACCUGGAAAGAACGCUUCAGCUCCCUACGCCAGCUUUCCGCAGCUGAAAAGAAAAAAGAGGAGGAGAAAAAGACUCCACUCUCCAGCCGAAGGAUGUUCCCAUUGUCUUGUCUGACUCCCAGUGUUUCUUCAGCUAGUGCUACCUCAUCUUUCUUGAGGCAGACAAUACAGGCACAUAUUGAACCCAAGCCGUCACAGACCAGUCUAGAGCUGGGUGCCACCCCUGCAGCCCAGAGAUUGUCCUCAACCUUAGCCAGCUACACACCAGUUAUAAAUGGAUCAGGCUACCAUGGACUGGAUCAGCCAUGUGGUGGGAAGUUGGAAAGUUCCCCCUACCUUGGGAUGAACCACCAGGUGGCUGGGGGUGGAGAUGGCACCAGCUACCCACCAAUGAACCCCCACAGCAGUGGAGGAGAUGCCUCUAGUUACCUUGGGAUGAACCAUCAAACUGGUGGGGGUCCAGAGAACUCUGGUUAUCUUGGACUGAGUACUGGGUCUGUGGGUGGUACUGGCCACUUAACACAAAACCACCAAGGCAGUGGCGUGUUAGGAAGUUCAGGUAACUUAGUUCAGCAGCAAAGCAGUGGGGUUGUGGGAAGUUCAAGUUAUCUGCCACAACAGCAAAAUAUGGGCAGUUCUGGAUAUUUGGCACAAACGCAAAAUAUGGGGAGUUCUGGGUAUUUGGCACAGCAGCCUAAUUUAGGGAGUUCAGGAUAUUUGGCACAACAGCCUAACAUGGGGAGUUCUGGAUAUUUGGCACAACAGCCUACCAUGGGGAGCCCUGGAUAUUUGGCACAACAGCCUAACGUGGGAAGUUCUGGAUAUCUGGUACAACAGCCUAACAUGGGAAGUUCUGGAUAUCUGGUACAACAGCCUAACAUGGGAAGUUCUGGAUAUUUGGCACAACAGCCUAACAUGGGAAGUUCUGGAUAUUUGGCACAACAGCCUAACAUGGGAAGUUCUGGUUACCUGCCGCAGAAUUAUCCGAGCAGUGGGGGUUCAAGCUAUCUGGCACAAAAUCAUUACAGCAGUGGCAGUCUAGGUAGCUCUGGUUACCUUGCUCAGAGUGGUGGAAUCAUGGACCCUAAAAUGGCGUAUGCGUGGCAGCAUCUGAAAGCCGACUUCAUGCAGCCCAGGAUAAACCAUAUCCACAAGGCUGUAAACCCCCUCCUUGAAGCCAGCAGAGUGCAAAGGGAACAGUUCGGAGACAUCCCUAUGGCAGACAUGAUAGGGCCAGAGUCAGGGCUCGAGCUCCUCCAUGGCCGACUGCAGAGAGAUCCCCGUGGCAGUCGCUCUGACCCUCAGAUGGACCACUUGAGGCGAGAGAGGGAGUACAAGCUUGGCAGACAGACCUCCAGCGAACAGGAGAUCCAGGCCCGGCUGAACGAGCUGCCAUUGAUUGUCCGUCAGGAGCGCUACCGGAGGCGCCUGGAGAGGCAGUCGUCCAGUGAACAGGAAGGAAGUGGCAAGCCGAGGCUGCAGAGACAAGACUCGAGUGACCUGGAGGGCUCCAUUAAGGAUGGCUCGGGGGAGAAGAGAUCUACCAUGGCAGAGAUUGUAGAGCAGGUCCAGGAGAGAGAAGCAGCAAAUGCACGAGGAGAGCCCUAUAGGCCUUCUAGCAGUCUCUCAGCACCGGUGACUCGUUUUGACGGUCGUCCUCGAGCGCGAGACCGCCCCAAACCGAGGAGGAGGCCCCGUCCUAAAGAGCCUGAGGAGACACGGCGCUCUCGCUCAGCCCCAGCAACUGGUGCCCCAACAACACCCCAGCCUCCCUCACACACUGCCCAUAAUGAAGGCUUCCUCUACCGCAAAAGGGCCACCACCUCUGACCUUGAAAUCCAACAGAGGAGCCCCAAUAGCAAGUCUUGGGUGAACGUGUAUUGCGUGUUAACAGAAGGAAAGCUGACCUUCUAUAAGGAUGCAAAGAACCUCACCACGACUUACAAUGAAGAGCCUCCCCUCGACCUCAGCCACUGCUCAUUUGAUCCUACUAUGGGAUACAAGAAGAAGAAAAAUGUCUUUAUUCUCAGAAUAAACGAUGGAAAUAACUUUGUAUUCCACGCAAAAGAUGAGGAGGACCUGAAGGCUUGGACUUCAAACAUCACCACCUGUAUAGCCGAGCAUGCGGCCAUGGCCAAGUGGGACAAGCCAGGCACCUCGUCCACGGACCCUGACCGCUCGGAAAGGAAGGAGAAGUCGGAGGGGGAUGCAGACGCCAGGUCAGAGAGAUCUGAGCUUGUUGAGGGCGAGGAGAGGUCAGAGAAGGAGAGAUCAGAGAAGGGGGAUGGCUCGGAGAAGUUAGACACAUCAGAGAUUGCCGACAAAGUGGAGGGCGGGGCGGGGGGCUCCAGCACGUCUGGAAAGAGCAAAUGAGGAGCCCCCUGUUUGUUUUAACUUUCCCCAGUGACAGCGGGAGCAGGACGCGGUGGGCAGGAGAGACGGAUGGAGAGCAUGUGCAGCUAGGUUUGCAGAUCCUCGGUCUUUCUCUCCCGCAGAGCCGGAACAUACUGAGACCACGGUCCUCUGACUGACUGUUGUAACUGUGACAGACUGAUCUCUCAGCCCCUCCCUUUCACCCAGGCAAUACAUCAGUGCUUGCAUUGUGCCCCCUGCUGGUAGAUAAGGAGGUUGGCCAAGACAGACAGACAGACAGACUCCACCAAGCAGUCCCAGGAAUUAAUCACUGUCACGUCCCAUCAUCGAUCAUUAAUCUCUUGGAUUCACAGCAUCUUUCUGUAUGUAUCUUUGACCAAUAAUGUAAUGCUCUGUCUAUCUAGACAACCCAAGAAGUGGUGAAUGAAAUGUUUCACAAUAUUAAAAAAAA